AUGAACGACCUUCUCAACUUCAUCCUAUCACAGGAUGCAUUCCGGAAAAACCGACUCCCAUCCCUCUACUCCGACUUCGCCAUACACCGCAAAACCAACCCCGACGGCUACGCCGUCAACGUCGCAGCAUGGGAACAAGCACUAACCAAAGCCGCAAAGCACGGCUAUAUCUCCUCCUCACACGGCCAACUCUCGACACCGUCUAAGGGGGCAAUGCGGAAAAGUGACCAUCUGAUUCUCCGCGCUGAUAAGUCGCUGUUGCGGGAUCUGGAGAUCCCGGAAUGGGGGCAGCCGGUGGCGCUUGGGGCUGUUUUGGAAGAGGCGAUGCAGAACCGGACGAUUGUGCCGUUGCAGGUGUAUAGGGUUAAUCCGGCCAUUUUGCAGAAGCCGCAGUGGCGGCUUAUUGAUCCGGGUGUUUUAAAUCCGUGGAAUGUGAUGAGCUGGGGGUUGAAGCAGUUGAAGGGUGUUGUUGUCGGGACGGAUGACUCUUCGCCUGUUUUACAGGGCCAGGAGUGGGUUUUGGUGGAGAACCUUAAGGAGGCUGCAGGAGGAAUAGUGAAGAAAGUUAUGGGUCGGAGUCCGUCGAACACUGACCUCGUUUAUUCUAAGGAAAGCUUUGUGAGCGAAUUUGGAACAACCCUAAAUCAAGACAGCGAGCUAUCAGAAGCAGACUUUGAUGUUCUAUUGUUAUAUUUAUCCCGCGACAGCGGAGCCAUUGCAUAUGAUGGCAAGACAAUCAAGUUCCGACCCUCAAAUGAUGCUCCGAGGGAAAUUACCCAGCAAGAUAGCACCAUCGCCUCUAUCAAAGCGCUCAUGGCAACUAUGACGAAACAAGUGGAAGGAUUAGAAAACAAAAUCUCUGAAUUGAACUCAGCCGCAAAGGCAGCUUUGCAUAACAAGAACAGGAUAUCUGCCCUUUCAGCGGUGCGGUCUAAGAAGCUGGCCGAACGUAACCUGCAACAGAGACUAGAUACCCUGGCACAGCUAGAGGAAGUUUACUCUAAGAUUGAGCAAGCGACUAGCCAGAUUGAAUACGUCCAAGUGAUGGAGGCAAGUACUGGUGUUCUUCGUGGCCUCAAUACUCAGAUUGGUGGCGCCGAGAGGGUCGAAGAUGUGGUUGAUGAAUUGCGCGAGGAGAUGUCCAAGGUGGACGAGAUUGGAAACAUAAUGAACGAGGCUGGUCCCCAGGUCGACGAGGCAGAGAUAGACGAGGAGCUCGAGGAGCUAGAGAACAAGGAACGACAAGCUGUGGAAGAGGAGGAAGCAGAAAAGACUCGUCAGAAGCUCGCCGAACUCGACAACCUCGAACAAAAGGCUAAGGAGGCCGCACGCAUCGCAGGCUCAGAGCAAAAUCUGGAUUCCGAAUUAGAGGAAAGGCUUUCCCGGAUGUCAGUAGAAGAGAACCCCAGUACCGCGGCACAGUGA